CAGAGAAGGUGCUGAGUAAGGAUGAGUGAGGUUCCUGCGCUGAAGUAUGUGGUGCUGGGCCCAGCUGAUCUAGACGACGUGAUGACUUUGCUUGCUAAGUAUUACUUCACCCGAGAAAGCCUAAGCAUAAUUGUUGGUGUUACCACACCCACGAAAUAUGAUGAAGAAGAUAUUAAACAAUGUCUGGAGUCUGGAGUGUCAGUGGGCAGCAGAGAACAAACAACGGGACGUCUGAUCGUUGUUUGUUUGAGUUACAUCAUCACUUCAAAGUCUUCAUGGUAUGAUGAUGAGGCCGCGUUCAGCACCCAAGCUGAGGUAAUAGCAAAUUUAUUGUUAUACACAAAUUAAUUACAAAGUAUCCUUGAAUGAGGAUCC